CAUAAUGCCAUGUAUUUGUUAAUUCAACCGGAGUAUUUAAACAUGUACUUCAGGUAAGUUUCCAUUCACUUUGGCGAUCACCAUGGAACUAACGAUCGUAUUUGUCAGUCUCUUAUCAUGCUUUGCGGUUGCUAUGAAUUCAACUGACAAAGACAUUAUACUAGCAAACGAUGACGAACGUAUCGCUAAUUUAUCUGACCCAAAUAAGGAUAUGUACGUUAUACAUGCCAUGGUAUACCAAGUUGGAAUUAUCACAAACAAAACUGAUGACGGACUCAAUAAUACGAAUCUCAUCGGUAACCAAGAAGCUGUCACGUUCUACCACAAUAACGGCUCCGGCAUAGACCUGAGCAGCAUCCCCGCGCCUCUGCUAACUAACGUGACAGCGCAGAGAAUGGUGGGAGUCGCUCCGACGGUUGUGCACGCCAACUCCACCGCCACACUGCCCUGGGUCGAUCUGGAGAAAUUAGCCUCAGCGCAAAACCCACCCCUGAACACUCAAGAUCCUAUCAAAUCUACCAGGCAGGCGAGAUCAAUAUCUAUCGAUAGCGAUGCACCAGAAAACAACCCCAAGACGAUUCCCAACAGCGAUUAUUUCGACGAAAGUCGCCCGGAAUGGGAAACACUGUACGAGAGAUCUACAGAAAAUGACGAGCUAUAUAGAAAGGAUGGUUCUCAUAAUAACAAAUCGCUAAAUAAACCAUACAAAAAUAACGUAGAGCAGGCGGUUAAAAUUGUAUCCGGCACAACGGUGGUACCGAAAGAAGCGAGUGUCCAAUCUAUCAGUAUUCCUCCACUUCUAACACUGAAUAACAACUUUUCUGAGAUUCCUGUCCCAAUACCCAAUACGUCCGUCGUCCACUACGCGAAGGUCAGCACGUUAAUACACUAAUCAUAUAUUUCAUUAUAUUAGGUAGAACUUAACUGCUUAGUUACCAAGUUUUAUUUAUAACUUUCUGUAAUCCUACAAAAUAUGUAUUAUAAUAAUAAAUUAAAUGCAUGUCAUAUUA